CUACAUUUGACACAAAGAAGACUACAAGGGGCAAUCUAUAUGUACUUUCAUACAACGAACAAAGCAGAGCCAAUGGGAAGAACAUUGAUGUUGGCUUGGAUUCUGGUCCUCUGCCUCUGGCAGGUCCUACCAUGUGUUCCCAAAGUCGAGAAAGUCACCAAUCUCCACUUCUUUUUGCAUGAGACUACCGGCGGCGAAGACCCUACAGCAGUCAUGGUAGCCCGGCCUGACAUCACAAACAACGACAAUAGUUCACCAGUGCCAUUUGGCAGCGUAGUUGCUAUUGAUGAUCCCCUCACCGUUGGUCCCGAGUAUAAUUCAGAGGUCAUUGGGAAUGCUCAGGGACUUGGGGUCUCGGCCAGCAAAGAUACAACGACGGUGGUGUUGUACUUGGAUUUCGGAUUUACUAAGGGUAAGUUGAACGGCAGCUCUAUAAGCAUAUUUUCGAGGAAUCCGGUGAUAGAGAAGGAACGUGAGCUUUCAGUGGUCGGAGGGAGAGGAAAAUUCAAGAUGGCAAAAGGGUUUGCACUGCUUAAAACUUACUUUCUGAAUGAGACCAAUGUCAUUGUUGAGUACAACGUGACUGUGAUGCAUUACUAAGAUGACAUUUGAGAGUUAAUUCUCUUGCCUGGUUGUAUGGUUGACAAGUUUGAGAAUUUUCUCUCGCUGAGGUUUCAUCCCGAUUGCUUUCCUGCAGGUUUGCAUUAUUAAGCACUGUAUUUUUUUGGUGAAAUGUUGUUCUGUAGAGUCAACUAUCCUUGUUUAUAUUUGGGGGAAAAAACAGAGUUUUAUGUAAGAACUCAUACAGUACAGCUCCCCUUGAUUAAUAAAUUGUACUAAAAAAUUCAACAUCUUGA